CGCUGCGCACCGCCGGGUAUCCGCUCCGCCCGCGUCCUCUCCGCGUCUCCGUCGCCCCCGGAGCCCCAAUGCGCGCCGCGGCGCUGCUGGCCGCGCUGGCCGUGCUCGCAGCCUGCCGAACCGCUGCUGCAUCCGAGCCCAACGGCACCGAGCCUGAGCGGCGCGGCAGCCCAAGGGAGCCUGAGCCCGCGCCGGGCUCCGACUACGAGGAGGAGGAGUACGAGGAGGCACCGCUCGCGCACCAGUACCUGGUGGGGGACCUGGUCAGAGUGGAGCCUGUGGUUAAACCCAAGCCAGUGAAGAGGGGGAACGAGAAGAAUGCUGGCAAACCAAGGAGGAGAAAGAAUAAAGGGAAGAACAAAAAGAAAGGGACUCCUUGUGAAAUGGAGUACAAAAACUUCUGCAUCCAUGGUGAAUGUGUGUACUUACAGCAUCUUCAGAUGGCAACCUGCAAGUGUUAUCAGGAUUAUUUUGGUGAGCGCUGUGGUGAACAGUUCAUGAAGACUCAAAGGAAGAAUGAUGUAGCAGACUACUCAAAGACUGUGUUGGUUGUGGUAGCUGUCCUGCUUUCCAGCAUCAGCUUUGUUGCUGUACUUAUCAUUGUGAUAGUGCAGGUCAGGAAAAAGUGUCCUCAGUAUGAAGAGAAAGAAGAAAGGAAAAAACUUCGACAAGAGAACAGAAAUGGCCAUGUUGGUGUGUAAAUGAGGAGAAAGCAGAACAACUCUGUGGCCUCUACCAAGCUGCAGGGGACCUCUGGCUACCUGACACAUCUACCUGGACACUGGGCUGGAGCUGUUGCCACUAAGCCCUGAUUCAUCAAGACAGGCUGCUGCAGGGAGAUGCCCAAUGUGCCAUUUGCUGCUGAAUCACUUGCUGGGGAGGACAGUUAACUGCUACAACUUGGUACAACAAUGUGGAAGGAGCUGUCACUGUAAAGGUAGAGGGCUGCUAUCAAGACCUGCUGGAGACUACUCCUGAGCUUUCUCUAUUGGUGCUGGACCUCCAAGACUCUGCUUGUAUGUGGAUGGACUUUCUUCUGCUAGCAAGUCUCCUUUGGCAGCUCUAGCUCCGAGGGGCAGAAGCUGUGGCUCCCAGGAGAGCAAGAUGGAGGGGAGGAGAUACCUCUCCUCAAAGGUAGAAAAAGGAAGAGCUCAUCUCACUAGACCUCAGUGGACAAAACCAAAUUCUGCUGUUGCUGUGCUCCCUGUUGGUAUCUGCUUCAAAGAGUUUCAUCUCUUCAUCUCUAAUUCUGACUUGCAGGGUGUUGGUGACAGGUCUGUCAACCACACCUGGGUUCUGUUACUGUACAUGUGGAAGGUAUUCCCUCUGAACCCAGUAGGAUUGUGUGAGCGGAGCUAUCAAUUUGUGUGUGUGUGAUGCAGAGUUAAGACUCAUCUCAAGAUGCUGAGACAACAGAUGUGAGAUCUGAAGCUCUGUCACUGAAGGAAUACAUGUGAUCAAACAAGCUGAUAAGUCUGGACAGUGAUGUUGCAGCAUCUAUCCAUUGGCUGAAACACAGUGCUUCUGUAAUCCAGAUGGUUGGUGCUGUUUUGAGCAGUUUAAUCAGAUCUGGCAAUAUGAGAACUUGACCAAAAACCUGUUGGUUUUUUUUUGGUUUUUUUUUUUUUUUUUUUUUUUUUUUUUGAAGAACUAAAUUCAAGCAUUGUUACUCAGCAUGCAGUGGUCUCCUAUGCUCUUCAUUAUGAUGUGAAGAACGUGACUUACCUCAAACCUUUCUGACCUAGCUAUCCUCAGUUUCUUGAUGUCCGUGAAAUUUUGUGCACGCUGUAGUAGUUGAGUUCAGUUUCUUCUUCGAAGAGCAAAUGUGUUCUGUAUAAACAGAGCAGAAUUCUUCUGGUAGCAGAGCAACACCAUUAAUUGUCAAGACAUAUCUGUAAAUGUGUAAAUAUUUAUUAUUGUAUUUAAUAUUUAAUGCUUCCAUAACAAACUUAUUUAUUUUAUAAUUAAACUUUUUACAUAAUCUAA